GAUGACAUCUUCGUUAUCGAUUUUCAAGGAUUUUUUUUCUAUUGCAACUUUUUACUUCAUUCCACUGACAACACUUGCUCUCGGCGUCCUGUCAAAAAUCUCGCUUAAAAGUGCUUUCGUUAUCUGUUAUUCCCAAUUUUCAAGAAAACACCGGGAUCCUCCCUUCGUUAAUAGUUAUUAUCAGUUCUAAAGGAGUUUCUAGAUACACGCGAUUUGAAGUCAUGAAGUUCAAGUUCUGUUCUGACGGCGACGUCCCGCUGUGGGCGCUGGCGGGCCUGAAUGGGCUCUCAACGCUGCCUGCCACCGUCUUCCGUGAGCUGGUGCAGCACGUCAUGGAUGAGCGCUGCAAUGACAAUCACAUCAGUGUGAUCCUGAAAGAUACAGACUUGACGACACGUGACGAGAAGGCCCGCGCCGCUGUCGUGAUCCGCUGGGUGUUGGACCAGUCCCUCUCCUGCGCCGUCACCGGGCAGCACCUGAUGCGAGACCUCCUAGUGCUAGGCGUCCCCCGCACCCACGCCAGCGCUCUCUCCGACGCCGUAGACCAAUUCAAGAUCGAGCCUGCCCGACAGGAACCCCCAGGGUUUGUCUUGGAUAAGGUGAUAGACAUACACGUUAAAAAAGGACCGUCGGGCACCGUAGACACCGAGUCCGUGUCGCUGGAGACACAGAACCCGCUCACCGCAGAGCGCCGGCGACUCCAACUGCUGUUCGAGAAAUCCAAGGCUCUCACCCUGCUAGAAGAUCUCAAGAUGGCCUACAUGAUUAUUCAGGCAAUGGAGGAAGUUGAAUCCGAGAAAAUUGCCCAAGCUAAUAGGCGCCCUCGUUAAGGAGCCCCGAGCAGCAUAGACCGCAGGGCUCCGAAUACUCAAAACGCUGUUCAAAAAGUCCAGGUUCACAACCCUGCUGAUGGAUCUCAAGCCGAAAUAUUUAUUCAGGAAAUUAAAUAACGUGUAGUAAAGUAGUUGUGUUUAAACAAAUUUUAAGGUACAUUCCAACUACAUAAGCUUUUGCCAUACUUAUUUAUUUUAUUUUUUAUAAUUUUAGAUACUUUUGAAUCGCAGUAAGAGUACUUUUAGACCCCGACGCAAAAGUUACGCGGGCUUUUUUGUUUUACGUUUUUGUGUGUGUGUGUGUUUUUGCGUGUACCCGCGCCAUUGUAGCUUUCGUAGUGAUGAUUCGAUAUCGAUUUUGUUACUAGGUACCUAUAUACAAACUACGGUAAAUUUCAAAUACAAAAAACAUAUUGGCGGGGGGUUUCAUAAUUUUUAAUCUUUACUUAUUUAUUAUUGUAGUUAUUAUUCUAUUCCAGUUCUCAAUUGUAUCGUUCGCAGUAGUAUCACAUUUAAAAGUUAAGGUCUAAUUCAAUUUAGAAAAUAUAAUAUCUAGAUUAACAUCAUUUACGACUCAUAACUUCUUAAAAAGGUGGGCUCAAGAGUUACAGAGAGUUGACUGAUUCACUUUUAGGAAUUAACUAUAAAAGCUGCAUUAUAAAUGCAAUAAUAAAAUGGAAAAUAAGAUCAAUGACUAGUCAGAAUUAAGGAAACGCUACUCAAGCAUGAGCAGAGCCCUAAAAAAUUGAUUUUCUCUAUGAAUUUAUAUUGAUCAUCUAGGUAUACAAACCUUUUCUACCCUUGAUAGUUGUAGGUAUUCCUCGAUUUAAUGUAUUUCCCAAUUAGAACUAAGUAAUAUAAUAUUCUACGUAUUUAUGAUUACCUUAUAAGACUCGAUACUUAUCGGCUGACAUUAUAAUGAAGUCAGAAUUAAAAUAACUGUAGUGUGCUCA